CGCCUUUCUUCCUUCCUUCCAGACGACGCCUCCGAUUUGGGCUCCCAGCGUUUGGGAAAUCGGAGGAACACGCCACGUCCAGGCGCGCCGGCGAGGGAGACUCCAAAAUCCAAUCCACUCCAGGAAGCAGCGGCGCAAGGAGCAGGAGGAGAUCCAGGGGCGCGUGCGCGCGCGGGCAGGCAGGCAGACACCGCCUAUCCAUCAUCCAUCCAAAUCCGCAGGAAGGGGUGGUUGCCGAAGAACGCAGGCAAAGCCACACCAGCCAUGUCGUCGUCCGUGCUGAGGGCCGCGGCUGACCGGGCCAUACGCAGGCAGGCCCUCACGCUGACGGACGGCGCCGCGUCCAGGAUCCGGCAGCUCCUCAGCCUCAGGCAGCGGCCCUACCUGCGGCUCGGCGUCAAAGCGCGAGGUUGCAACGGCCUCUCCUACACGCUCAACUACGCCGAUGAAAAAGGGAAGUUUGACGAGCUUGUUGAAGAGAAGGGAAUUAAAGUACUAAUCGACCCUAAAGCUCUGAUGCAUGUUAUUGGUACCAAGAUGGACUAUAUGGACGAUCCACUAAAGUCUGAGUUUGUGUUCAUAAACCCAAAUUCCAAAGGGGAGUGUGGCUGUGGUGAAUCUUUCAUAACCACAAGCAGCAAAGGAUCCACGUCAUGAUGCGAUGUGCAGUGUAGAUAUAUAGCAAUGUAUUUGGAGGCUCCAUCUACUGAUUUUCUUGAGCAGUGUAUAAUUGUAUUGCAACUCAUAACACAGCAGCGGGUAUGUAAUUGAUGCAACUAACUUACCUGUACUUUUGCAUUCACCUCAAGUCCUCAACUACGACAUGGAGUAUCCAUGUUUCUGUGAUA